AUGUCGACCGAAGGAAAAACUAUUACUUGUAAAGCGGCCAUCGCAUGGGAGGCAGGAAAACCCCUCUCGAUCGAGGAUGUCGAAGUAGCUCCACCCAAAGAAGGUGAAGUCCGAAUCAAGAUCUUAUACACCGGUAUCUGUCACACCGACGCAUACACCUUAUCAGGUAAAGACCCCGAGGGAGCCUUUCCCGUCAUUCUCGGACAUGAAGGAGGUGGUAUCGUCGAAUCUGUCGGUGAAGGUGUGGACAACGUCAAAGUCGGUGAUCACGUUAUUCCACUUUACACUGCUGAAUGCAAAGAAUGUAAAUUCUGUAAAUCGGGCAAAACUAAUCUCUGUGGACGAGUUCGAGCCACUCAAGGUAAAGGUGUGAUGCCAGAUGGUACCUCCAGAUUCAAGUGUAAAGGAAAAGAUAUUUUGCAUUUCAUGGGCACAUCUACCUUCUCCCAAUACACCGUCGUCUCCAAAUUCUCCGUCGUCACCGUCAACUCCAAAGCACCUCUUGAGAAAGCCUGUCUCCUGGGAUGUGGUAUCACCACCGGAUACGGAGCAGCCACCAAAACUCCAGGUAUCGAAGGUUCCAAUGUCGCGGUGUUCGGUAUCGGUUGUGUAGGGUUGAGUAUCCUGCAAGGUGCCAAGGCGAAGAAUGCCAAGAGGAUCAUCGCGAUCGAUACUAAUGAUAAGAAGGAGGAAUGGGCCAAGAAGUUCGGUGCGACCGACUUUGUCAACCCCACUAAACUUCCUGAAGGCAAAUCCAUCGUUGACUGGUUGGUAGAAGAGACUGAUGGUGGUCUUGACUUCACCUUCGAUGCUACUGGUAAUGUCCAAGUGAUGCGAUCCGCUCUCGAAGCCUGUCACAAAGGUUGGGGUGUAUGUAACGUCAUCGGUGUCGCUCCUGCCGGUGCCGAGAUCUCUACUCGACCAUUCCAACUUGUAACCGGUCGAACUUGGAAAGGAUCUGCUUUCGGUGGUGUCAAAGGUCGAACUGAGUUACCAGGCAUUGUUGAUGACUACCUCGCGGGUACACUCUGGGUAGAUGAAUUCGUCACUCACCACCAAGACCUGGAAGGUAUCAACAAAGGGUUCGAUGAUAUGCAUGCCGGUGACUGUAUUCGAUGUGUCGUCAGCAUGGGUUUCGAUGAUGCUCCUUAG